UGACGCAUGCGCACUGCUGUGUAAAUAAGAGUAGGGGUUCAGUGCUAGUUGUUCGAAGUACCUAGUUAGCUAGACUUUUUGAAUUAAACCAUUAACUGUUAAUGGGUUGUAGUAAAGCUGUUUGGGAACGCAAGUGAUAGGUGAUUAUCUGGGGGUGGGGAAUAAUAAUUGUUACCGCUGCAAGAACCUCUUUAAUAAGCCUAAUGUUUACAACUUCACCCUGCUAGCAAGCUAGCUUUCCGUGUAAAGGUGCGAGCUUGCCAGGCAGUAGCAGGAUGACAGUUAAACCAGCUGGCUAGUCUGUGCGCGGUCUGAUUAGCUAGCUAACGGGAUACACGGCAUACGCGUCAAAUGUGGUGCAUAUUCUACAUUUCAACGUUUAAAUAAUAAUAAUAAUCAAGAGAAUCAGAUCCAGUGCCUAGAAAAGCGGAAAGGCGUUAACCCUAGAGGGAUUCGCCAUGUUAUCUGAAAACAGGAAACGACAGCGUACUCGAGGCGAUGAUGAUGAUGAUGCACUUCUGAUGCCUCAGGCCAAAAGAUUAAGCACAACACUCCAGAGCUCUGAGGGAAGCAGAGAAGCCUGGGAGUCUGAGUCCUCCAGCAGUGACAGCAGUGGGGUCAGUAGUCCAGAGCACGCAGCUGGGACCAGCAGCAGCGCGAGCAGUCAGUACGGAGCCGAAAACCUCAGGUCCUCCAGUCCACAUAGUUCCUUGGACCAAUCUGACGCCACAAGCCUGGCCUUGUAUGAACCUAUCAACCGUGUCCUGAGAGAGGCCCACUUCCAGAGCCUACACAACAGAGGUCAGUCACGAGAUAGGUGACUUUAAGAGACUUUCACAUCUCUGACGGUGACCCCUUCACUCUACCUGAACACCUGGCUACAUUCCCCAGGAGACAGGGUAGAGAUCAUCAUCAAGUUUAUUCUGACUUUCUCUCAUUUGUGAUUAGUGUGAUUUUUGAAUUGAAAGUGUGGCCUGAAACUGUAAUGCUUUGACUAAUUAGAGCACAAAAGGAUUCACGUUGUAAGCAAUAAUAGCUUGGCGACAAUGCAACCUUUUGUGCCAUACACACUGUGUAUUUCUUCUGAACACACCAGUUUACAUGUAAAUGAGAGCUUCAUUGCAGGUGGAACUGCACCUGGUGCAUAUUAUCGUUUCAUUGCUGGUGCACUUUUGGGGGGGGGGAGUACGGGGUAAUCACAUUUACAACACAGCAACAAUCUAGAAAUCUUUUGUUUUAUUUAUUUAACUCGAUUGUUAAGUUGGCACUUGAUGUAUGUUGAGCAGUAUAAACCUACGGUCGUAAUAACAAGCUCCUGGGUUUGUAACUCCUUGCGAUGGAACAGCCACUAUGCCCUUCCCCUUACAUCAUCUCACUGAUAAAGGUUUACAUUUCCUUACCCCCCAUCUCUUACUUAGCUCUUUAUCUGAUGCUCACGUGGAUCCUCUGGAAGAUUGAUCUCCAAUUAAAUUGCAAGAUUACUUGUUUAUUUUUUAUUGUAUAUUUUUAUGGAAACAUUGGAUGAUUCAUUUUAUGUUCAUGUCACCUACAUUUUAAAAAUUAAAGAUGGCUGUUCCUAAGUACAUGAGUGCAACUUUAUUAAAAACUAAAAAAUGGUGAA